CUCCUCAUGCAUCUCGCAAGCAUGCUUAAUUAAACUCCCAAAAUCUGCAUCUCGUCCAGUUGGAACCCGGUCGGUUCCAAUUGAUGAGGGCAGCUCGUGUGGAGCAACCAGACAGGAUGAGACCUGCGGGACCUCGGCAACAUAGUACGCAAGCCCCCUUUCGACGUGCAGCUUCUUCCUCCCGCGCGUUAUUACGCUCUCGUCACACGAUCUUCCCAAGGUGACUGGACUGCUGCUGAGCCCCAGCAUCAACGGGGCAACAAGGCGCGCGCAUUGCUGCCAACUCCCAUCCUCAUCUGAGCAUCUUUGUCAAUUUGCAAUGCCUACCGCUAAUAAUAGGCGCUCGUUUCUCACGGCGCCGUACCUGGUGUCGCUGCUGUUGGUAGCCCUGGUCGCCUACCUCGUGGGCCCAACCGCGCACCAAACAGCCGUGGUUUUUGGAUUCUUCCGCCGCCCUGGUCGCACAGUCUUGGCGGCCGGACGGACAUUGUCACUGAUUGAGCAGACGACGCACUGCGAAGACCUCCACCAUCACCAGGCCAGCGGGCUGUUGUUCACGGCAUGCGAAAACGACGCCACCGUUAGGCAUCGUUGGUUCCCGCCCCUGACGAUCCUUGACAGCCCGGAAGUCUUGACUAAUGCGACGCGUGGGACACUCAAGGUCAUCGACCCCAAGAGUCUCGCGGUUCAAGCGCUGCGGCUGGAGGGAUUUGACGGGCCGUUUGUGACACACGGCAUCGACGUCAUAGAUGACCCCCAACGCGCGCCAGGCGAGGCAGUCUACAUCUUUGCCGUCAAUCACGUUCCCAACCGCGACCACUUCGUCAAGGGCAACUCAUCCGCCCCCAAAAGCCGCUCCGUGGUGGAGAUUUUCCACCAUGUGCUCGGUUCGGACUCGGCGCAGCACCUCCGCUCCGUGUGGGACGCCCUUAUCGACACGCCCAACGACGUCUACGCCCUGUCUCCGACGUCCUUCUUCGUCACCAACGACCAUUACUACAAGGAGGGGCCGAUGAGGAGUCUUGAAGACCUCAGCAGGGCAGCCAAGUGGUCGAGCACCAUCUACGUCGAGUUUUCGCUCGCAGUUGAAGAAGACGACAAGCCCAAGUCCAAGCCCGGUGAUGAUGAUACGCAAGGUGUCCAGGCAUGGGUUGCUCUCGACAACCUGCAUAACAACAAUGGUCUCGGCCAUGGACGAAAGCCCGACGAGAUUGCGGUCGUGAGCUGCUGCAGCGGCGCCAUGCACUUGGGCAGGGUCGUCAAUGGGUCUUCCUCGCGCUCGCCGAGGACCACGACCACACCACAGGGCAUCGAGCUGUUCGAGACGAUUCAAUUCGACUCCAUCAUAGACAACCCGAGCUACUUUUCCGACCCCUUUGCCACGGACGAGGCCAACGACAGCAGCGGGUUCGUGCUCUGCGGUCUGACGCGCGCCGUCGACAUGCCGCGCACCAUCCGAGACCCCGAGGGGACCGAGCCCAUCAUGGUCUGGAAGGCGUCGCCGGAUGACAGCACCACCACUAAUAAUAAGUCGGGAUGGAAGAAGCAGCUGCUGUUUGAGGAUGACGGGUCGAGAGUGCGGAGCGCGAGCAGCGCAGUGCUGGUGGCGGCUGAUCCGGCCAAGCACAAGGGGGCGCCACGACGGGCUCGCUUGUUUGUGACGGGCUUCUUGUCCAAGAACAUUGCCGCCGUGGAUGUUGAUCUGUAAUAAAGGUGCAGCGGCAGCAGCAGCCAGACAGGGCAUGGAAAAGCAUAAGUAAAGCAAUAGAGGAACACAGCGGGCG